AUGGACCAGGAGGAACGGAGGAUCGUGCUGAUUGGAAAGACUGGUGCUGGGAAGAGUGCAACAGGAAACACCAUCCUAGAAAAAAAUGUAUUUAGAUCAAAACGAUCUGUAGAUUCUGUAACAGAACACAGUGAACAUGCUGAAGCUGUGAUAGGAGGAAAUCGUGUAUGUGUGGUUGAUACACCAGGAUUUCUUAACACAACACUGUCACAAAAUAAGUUAGCGAGGGAGUUUUGCAGAAGUGUGACCUUGUCAGAACCAGGAGUUCAUGCUUUCAUUCUGGUUGUAGAGUUUGGGAGGUUCACAGAGGAGGAAGAUGUAAUUAAGGGCUUACAGAAGGUUUUUGGUAAACGUGUGAUGGAUUACACCAUUCUUCUCUUCACCCAUGGUGAUCAGGUAAAAGAUGGAGAAAAAGAUCCAAACAGAAGCAGGAAUGAACAGAUUAGAUGGAUUUUAGAUCAGUGUGGAGGAAGAUUUCACAUCUUUAAUAAUGCAGAACCACAGAACAGACAGCAGGUCACUGAACUUCUGCAGAAGAUAGACAGGAUGGUGCAACAGAAUGGAGGAAGAUUCUACACUUAUAAGAAAGCACAGGGCUCAACCUGGGAGGAAUUCAGGGAGAAAAACAAGAAAUUCAUUUACUUAACAGCUGGUUUAGUUGUGUUGGGCACUGUAUUAUGCAUUGUUGUAGUCCUCGUCAAAAUUAUCGGUAGCCCUGGUAACAAUAAGUAA